UCAGCCACUGCUCAUAACCUCGGGGUCUCCAGUGAAGACAUGUCUGGAUCUGAACUCCGGCUUCUGAUGGUGGGAAAAUCUGGUGUGGGAACAAGUUUAACAGGAAACACUAUUUUGGGUGAAGAUUGUUUUCCCUCAGCAAAAAGCCUUUCCUCAAACACCAACAAGUUACAAAAACGAAGUUCCACUGUGGCAAAUCGAGCCAUCACUGUGUUUGAUAUUCCAAAUUUCUUUCAUUCCACUCUUUCAAAGAAACAUGUGACUGCAGAAAUUGAAAGAUGUGUGGAACAGUCUUCUCCUGGUCUGCACACACUGCUGCUGAUUGUAACACCACACACCUUCACUGAGCAGGAGUCAGAUAUCUUGUGGUUAUUUAAGCAAAUAUUUGGUGAGGAAGCUUUGAGAUACAUUGCUCUCUUUACCCAUGGAGACGAGGUAGAUAAAGACACAAUCAGUGAUUUCAUCAGAAAAAACAGACGAUUGUCAGCUCUAAUAGAUGAAUGUAGUGGGAGGUUCCAUGUACUGAACAAUAAAGACGGAGCAAACAGAAAGCAGGUUGAUGAGCUAUUGGAGAAGAUUGAUAAAAUGGUGUGUGAUAACAGGAACAGUCUUUACACACUGCAGAUGUUUCGUUAUGCACAGUCACUAAGAGCGCACUGUAAAAGGACAGUUCUGGCAGUCUGGAGAGUGCAACCACAAUACAUCUACCUGAUCUGUGUCAUUGUGGUCGCUAUGGGAGGGUUUCAUGGAUGGAACAAUCGCUCCGAUAGUGUUUUACAUUUCACUCAGGGAGCGUUAAUAGGGCUUUUAGCAACUUUAGCAGGAGCUGUCUUAGGAAAGGUCUGUGUCUGGAUGAAAUGUGUCUGGCAGCAUUCUAACAGAAUGAUACUCCUGGGGAUCCCAUGUGGCUUUGCUGCAGGUGGGAUUAUAGGGUUCUGUGUGGGUCCAGGGGGCGUGCUGUUAGCAGGAUUAGCAGCACUAGCAGGAGCUGCUGGAGCCAAUGUCACCACACAUGCACUCCAUUAAAUCCCUUAGACUGAGAUGUAGAUAAAGCUACAGGAUUUAAAUGAUGUUAAGAAUGAGAUCUAACACUUAUAGGUUAGAUCUAUACAGCAGACAGCAGACCUUCAACAUAAACUGAUUAUAACCCUGAUUAUGCCAUCAUUAAUAUAAGAAUGAUUUCUGUAUUGAGAUAUUUAUGUAAGAUUUAUAUAAGAAGUCAGCAGUGUCAGUGCUCUGUUACAGUCUGGGGUAAAGCAGUAACUUUGACUUUUCCAACAUCUGGACAGAGGUGUUUACACUUCUUUGUGGUUUCUCAAUAAUAUGUCAGUUUUCUUUUUUUUUUUACUAUUACAGCCAGAAACAGAGGCUUUUUACUUUCUUGCAUACCUGUCUUUAAAGGUGUUAGUUUGUUAAAUAAAUAGUAAUUAAUAUUUUAAUGUGAUUAAUGAGAUGGAAUUAAUUUACAAUUCAUGUGUUUUAUUACUGGCAUUUUAUUAAUAAAUUCUAUAAUAUUUCUUUACUUUUUAUAAUCAGAUCAUUUUAAUUACAAUAUUAUUAGUUACAUGUUGACACUAUAUAGCAAUAAAGCAUGUAGAAACUGUUAAUAACACCACACUUUUAGACAAUAUGUGGAAAGUGUUUGAUGCUGGAGAUCAUCUCUUCACUCUGUAAAACACUGUAAGUUAUAUUAGAGAGGGAGAAUGUGUACUUGUAUGUUCAUGAAUCACACUUUUUAUUUCCUUGUA